CACGCGGCGUCACGUGUGAGAACAAUGUUUGUCUCGUUUUCUCCCUACUCUUAUCUGUCCAUAAAGAGACACACUCUCAAUGUAACAUAAACUCUCAGAUUCAAAAUCAGAGUGAAUAAGAUUAGAGCGCGCUCUCUUCUCUCUCUUUUUUGUUUGCGACAGCAAUGGCUUCAUCUAGGGGUUCUGUUUGGUUUUGCUUGUUAUUUUGUUCUCUAAUUGCAGCGAUCUCAGCUGGGGAGAGUGAAGAGAAGGAGUUCGUUUUGACACUGGAUCACUCCAAUUUCACUGAUACUGUUAGCAAGCACGAUUUCAUCGUCGUCGAAUUCUACGCUCCUUGGUGUGGGCACUGCAAGAAGCUAGCUCCUGAGUAUGAAAAAGCUGCAUCCAUACUGCAUAGCCAUGACCCUCCAAUUGUUUUGGCCAAAAUUGAUGCAAAUGAGGAGGUGAAUAAAGAUCUUGCAACACAAUAUGAGAUUAAGGGAUUCCCAACUCUCAAAAUUUUGAGAAAUGGAGGGAAGUCAAUUCAAGAGUACAAAGGCCCUCGUGAAGCAGAUGGCAUUGUUGAGUAUUUGAAGAAACAAAGUGGCCCUGCUUCUUCUGAAAUAAAAUCAAGAGAAGAUGCUAGUAGUUUCAUUGGUGACAAGAAGAUAUUUAUUGUUGGGCUGUUCCCUAAGUUCUCUGGACAGGAGUUCGAAAACUUUAUGGCUGUUGCAGAUAAAUUGCGCUCUGACUAUGAGUUUGGUCAUACCUUGGAUGCUAAACACCUUCCUAGUGGGGAUUCAUCUGUCACUGGACCCCUUGUUAGGCUGUUCAAGCCAUUCGAUGAACUGUUUGUUGAUUUUCAGGACUUUAAUGUGGAUGCGCUAGAAAAGUUUGUAGAAGAAUCUAGCUUGCCCAUUGUCACUAUCUUUAACACUGACCCCAGUAAUCAUCCUUAUGUUAUCAAAUUUUUCAACAGUCCUGAUGCUAAGGCUAUGUUGUUUACGAACUUCAGCAGUGAAGCUUCAGAUUCUUUCAAAAUAAAGUAUCAUGAAACUGCCCAGCAAUACAGAGGGAAUGGCAUGCUCUUUUUGUUGGGAGAUGUAGAGGCUAGUCAAGGUGCCUUCCAGUAUUUUGGACUCAAAGAGGACCAAGUGCCUCUCAUCGUCAUACAAACUAAUGAUGGACAGAAGUACCUGAAGGCAAACCUGGAGCCUGAUCAUAUUGCUCCUUGGGUUAAGGAAUACAAGGAAGGUAAAUUGCUGCCAUACAAGAAAUCUGAACCUAUCCCUGAAGUUAAUAAUGAGCCUGUGAAAGUUGUUGUUGCUGAUAGUCUCCAGGACAUGGUUUUGAACUCUGGAAAAAAUGUUCUUCUAGAGUUCUAUGCUCCCUGGUGUGGACACUGCAAAAACCUGGCUCCAAUCUUGGAAGAAGUUGCUAUCUCUUACCAAAAUGAUCCCCAUGUUGUCAUUGCAAAGUUUGAUGCAACUGCAAACGAUGUACCAAAUGAUACUUUCGACGUGAAGGGAUACCCCACUGUGUACUUCAGGUCAGCAAGUGGAAAUGUGGUGCAGUAUGACGGGAAUAGGACGAAAGAAGAUAUCAUUGAUUUCAUUGAAAAGAAUCGGAGUAAGGAUAACAUCUCCCAGGAAGAGUCGGAGAAGGAACAGGCAAAGGAUGAGCUCUAAAGCUUGUAUCAAAUUGUGGGCUUAGUGUACGAAAAACACUUGUCAGAGUAUUAAAAAAAAUAUUAGCUUUCUUAGACCCUGCAAUGAUUAGGAAAAGAAAAUAAACAGUAAAUCGUGUAAAAGUUAAACGAGUUUUCCUCGAAAAUAUUACUGGAUUUUACAUGAAUUUUCUUGAUUUCGUACUA